AUGUGCAGUAAUUUACAGUGCUUGUUUUACAUCAUAUGUACGAUAGCGCUAUUUUUUAGUAACGUAAGAACCAAAUUAACGCGUUUAAAAUAUACUCAUCCUUUAUAUCGCAGUAAUUUCCGCACUAACUAUUACGGAUUCGUGAGCAACAACUUCGCACGUAAUAGUUGGCAGUGUUAUGCGAAGCCGAUCAUCACCACACCUGUUUUAUCCAAGGACGUACUGAAGAAGCAGGUCUUUCUUGACUAUGAAAAUAUACUACGUUCACACGACCCCUCAUUCAUCAACUACAACACGAGGCUCAGCUCCAUCCCUGGCAUUAAUAUUGAGAAUAUAGAUAAUCUCUAUGGCAGAAUCUACGACCGCAAAGUACUACUUAAGCAGUUGGAUUAUUUUUUUAGGCAGGAUGAUUUCCACACUAUCUAUCGCAUAUUAAGGGAUAAUCCAAAUGUGCUAACCCGGGUGGACUGUCAUAAACUGGUCAAUUCGCUGCCAUUUGUUUUGAAAAAGGUGCUCAAGUAUCCGGAUUUGAAAAUUGAAAAAAUUGAUGAGCAAUUAAGGUUCCUAGUUGGCCGAUAUGUUUUACAACAUGUUAUCCACCAACUGCCAACGGAGACUUGUAGGUAUCAUAAUUUGGUAGACGGGAAAGUCCCAGGAGAUCCAGUGCCGAACCCACAGAAGAGAGAUUUUUACAAGGGUGAAAAGGCUCCAAUUGAGGAGCAUCCGAGCUACGUAGAGUUAAUGGGAUCAUUAGCCGAUUUACCUGCUGAAAUUAAGUUUGAUAAGGCUUUGACACUUCAGCGCAGGAUGAUUGAGGCGAAACGUAAAAAGCUCGAGAGAGCUUUGUGGAACUUUCAAAAAUUGAAGCCACCAAAGCAUUUAUCUACACGGCUAAAAUUUAAAAAUCACAUUGAUAUAAAACGAAUAAAUCCCUUGAUGUCGCGUCCCCUUAGGUACACUAAGGAACAGUACAAUCAGGUAAAUCAAGAUUUUGCUACAGCUGUCGAGAAGGAAGAUUUAGUGACUGCAUGUUAUAUACUACAAAGACAUACACGAUUAUUGGACUUUAGAUAUAAGAGGGAAUUACUAAAAAAGUUCAUGGGGUUGCACAAAAAAGUGCAUCAGUGUGGUUUAUAUCCAGAGAGGAGCUUGAAAAGUAUAAGAUUACUGUAUUGGCGCACCAUGAAUAUGACAAGGGUGCUGCUUAAGCUCAGGGAAUAUUCUAUUAUACAAGAUCUUCCAUACUCCCAGAAGGAGUUAUAUGAGAAGGAGUUGGAGGCCUACAGGAAACGAAGAGACCAGAGAAAUAUUGAUAAGAUGAAGGCAGCAGGCUUUGAUGUAGACGAUAUAAACGAUUUCUCCAACGCCUACAGCGAAGAUUGGGUACCGGUGAUUAGGCCCGAUGAGUAUAAUAAGGCAGUUGAGUUCGCAAAGAGGCGAGCAGAAACUAUAAAGAAACUCUUUCAGUCUGAGGUGGAAGAGGAUCUCCUCAAGCAUUCUAAUUGA